AUGCCAACUUUCCUCAUCAUCCCAUCUCUCCGCUCUGUUUCCGCUGUCACCAAUAUGCGCAGUGAUGAUGACUGGAAGACAUCCUUGUCGUAUCUGGAGUCGCUCAUGCUAGCCCAGCUGCAGUCUUCUCUCUCCACUCCUCUCAACGAAGCUGACGCAGGGGCAGGGGCAGGGGCAGGGGCAGGGGUAGAAGAAAGGGAAGGGGGGGCAGGAGCAUGGGCAGGGGGAGAAGAAAGGGAAGGGGGGGAAAGAUGGGGAGGUCAAGAGGGAGAGACAGAGUAUGGCGAUGAAGGGGCAGGAGUAGGGGGAGGAGGAGGGGGAGGAGGGGGAGGGGGAGGAGGGGGAGGAGGAGUGGGAGGGGGUGGAGUGGCAGGAGGUGCAGAGGGAGAAGCGGAUGGAGGGGAAGGAAGGAUAGAAAGAGGAGAAGAGGGAGGGGCAGGAGGGGGAGGAAGGGAAGGGGCCGUGAGAGAAGUUAUCAUUCGUGCAUUUACAGAUAAACAUGGGCGGGUGUGGGAGGCGUACUUCUCGCCUCACACAGGGGCGAAUGCUCGCCACGAUCGGGUGGUGUGGAAAGUGGCAUGGGUGCUGGACAAUGGGUGGGUUGAGAGCGGUGCUGAGGGGCCACAAGAGGAUGGAAAGGGGAAUGACAGGGAGGCAACGGAAGCAGGGGAAAGGAGGAGUGGGCAGAGUGUGGAGAGGGAGGAGAAGGAGCGAGGGGGGGAGCAGGGCGAGGGAAAGGGUAGAUGGUCGCACAUGCCAGAUCGAGAGUGGGCAGGGGAGGGGGCGCCUGCCGUGUCACCAUUCGCUGCAGAGGAGCCGUUCAAAGCGGACCGUGCAUCACAGGGGAAGGAGGGGACAGUGAGGGGGAGGGGAAGCAGCAGCAGCAGCAGCAGCAGCAGAAGGGGGGCAGUGGUGGUCACGCUCACGGCGGCAGUUAUGAUGGUGGCAGCAACAAUGGUGGUGGUGGGGUGGGCCGAGCAAGGAGCGUGUGGGGGCCAGCGGGGCCGGGGGAGAGGCGCGAAGGGUGGGAGGCGCAGGGGGAGGGGUGGGGGAGGGGCGUGCAACAGGGAGAGGUGGGGAGUGGGGGAAGCAAGAGGGGUUGGGGCUGGGCACUCUGAGACGACUCAUGUCCCGUGGGUAGGCGCAGAUGAGGUGGUGAGGGAGGGGGUUAGCAGAGUUAGAGUGUGGUCGCAUGCUGUUGCUAUCACGCUCGUGCUGUGCACCGUGCGCAUCACCUCACUGCCCCUCCUUGCCCGCAUCGCCCCCAUUGCAAGCAUCGCCGUCCGUGCCUGA